CAGAUGCAGCCCCGGCAGAUGCUACCACGGGACCCCCAGACCUGGGGGGCAAGCACAUGGAGACCAUGGAGCAGGAACAGUUUGUUAAGAAGCCAUCCUGGGUUGAGAUCAACUACCUGCUGAAAGUCACCUGCAUCCUGAUCAGCGUUUUCACGGAGCGUUCUGCCUUUUUUGGCAUGAAUGUCUUGCUGACCCUGUACUUCGUGAAAUUCCACCACUGGGAUGAGAACCUUUCCACGGCCAUCUACCACGCCUUCAUGGGCUCGUGCUAUUUGUUCACCAUCGUGGGAGCCAUCGUGGCCGACUCCUGGCUGGGGAAAUACAAGGCGACCGUGGUCUGGUACAUCCUAUACCUGCUGGGCUUCAUCUUCCUGUUGCUCAGCUCGCUGCCGUUCUCUUGGGGACAAGCCCUGCCCAAGCUCCUGAUCGGGGCGGGCCUGACCCUGAUCGCCUUCGGGGUCGGAGGCAUUAAGCCCUGCACCACCGCUUUCUUCGGAGAUCAAUUUCAGGAAGGACAUGUGGAAGUGAGAAGACAAUUCUUUGCUAUUUUGUAUUUUUUAAUCAACCUGGGUGUGUUGAUCUCCAUGUGUGUCACUCCACUGCUUACAAAAGACUUCGAGUGUUUCGGAAAGGACUGCUACGGGCUGGCGUUUGGGGCUAGUGGAGGCAUCUUGCUGUUUUCGUUCGUCAUCUUCGUGUCUGGGCAAAGCAGAUAUGUGAAAUCUCCUCCAGAAGGAAACAUGCUGGUCAAAGUCUGCAAAUGUAUCCAGGUGUGUGUGUCCACUGAGACUGUUGUGGCCUCUGGGGCCGGCACCCCCAACCUGUGGCUUCCGAGAGGUGCCGGGGGCCACGUCCGGGGUCAUGCCAGAGGCCGAGCUGUCCUCCCAUUCAGCCCCAGUCUGGGCUCAACAUGCCAGGAGUUUGCUCUCAGCAACCGGCUGAGGAAUCGUUCCAGCCAGAUUCCCAAGAGAGAACACUGGCUGGACUGGGCAACUGAGAAGUAUCCAAUGCAGCUGAUCGUGGAAGUGAAGGCGCUGAUGAGGAUGCUGGUCCUCUACAUCCCCCUCCCCAUGUUCUGGGCUCUGUUUGACCAGCAGGGCUCCCGCUGGACGCUGCAGGCCACUAGGAUGGACGGCAAUGUGGGUCUGUUUGUGAUUAGGCCCGAUCAGGUCCAGAUUCUCAAUCCCUUUAUGAUUCUCAUCCUGGUCCCGAUGUUUGAGCUGGGCAUCUACCCUCUGGUCAAGCUGUGUAAAAUCAACUUGACGCCCAUCAGGAAGAUGGUGAUCGGCAUGGUCCUGGCAGCCCUGGCCUUCAUGUUGGCAGCCGCUAUCGAGAUCCAAAUGCAUGAAAUCACUGAAGAGAUGCCGUUGGAGUCUCGCAAAAGCUACGUGCAGAUACUUAACCUGGCAAGGAAUGAGGUGCUGGUAACAAUGGAGCAAGGAGGGCAAGAUUCUCUGAUCUCUGAGCCCAUCGGGGCAUUCCAGAAAUCAUCGUACUACUACAAGCUGCAUCUGGAGGAAGAGCACCAGAAUCUACGCUUCGUAGUGGAGUCCCAAGGUGCCACCACCGACAAGUACUACGACAUCACGGAGAGGAUGUGGUACAGCCUGGUCAUUUACACAGCUGGCACCAACAUCUCCAACCUCCUGUUGGAGGAAAUGAGCACCAAACCGGCCAAUGGACUGGCAGCCGUGAGGUUCGUGAACACGAUGAAGAGAGACAUCUACAUCUUCCUGGGCAGCGGUGACACCCUUCGGGUUGGCAAGAAUUACAAGUUUUCUGACUACCAGACCCUGGAUAGAGGAGAGUACAACCAGGUGAGGUGCAAGACUUGGUCCGGAGCUUGCACGUUGGACUUGGGCCUGCUCGACUUUGGCGCCGUCUACACUGUGUUCAUCCUGUGGAGUUCCAGAAGCAACUUACGGGUCUGGAAAAUCAACACCAUACCUCCCAACCACUUGUCAAUGCUGUGGCAGGUUCCUCAGUAUGUGCUCAUCACCGCCGGCGAGGUCAUGUUCUGUGUCACCAGCUUUGACUUCUCCUACGCUGAGGCACCCGCCAGCAUGAAGUCAGUGCUGCAGUCAAUUGCCAUGAUGACGGUGGCACUGGGGAAUGUCAUCGUGCUAAUCAUUGCUGAAGUGGGACACCUGGUGCAGUGGGCUGAGUUCCUCCUGUUCGCCUGUCUCCUGCUGGGUGUAUGUAUCGUGUUCUCCAUCAUGGGCUACUACUACGUACCCUGGGCCAAAGCCCAGCAGAUAGUCCGAGAGGAGCAGGAGCAGCAGGCAAAGCAGGAGAAGCAGCAGCAGCAGUGGGAACAGCAGCAGAAGCGGCAGUGGGAGCAGCAGCAGCAGCGGCGGCCCUUGAUCAUGGUGGGGCCGCUCCCGGCUUUCCCCCAUCCAGCUGAGGACACCGGCUCAGACACGGGCCCUGGGAAGUCCCACUGGGAGAGGAUAGAGACCCUGGACGUGGCUGUCCCUCCAUCCAACGCCCAGGCCCCUGCUCUCCACACCCAUCUGUGGGUGGUUGCCCCUUGA